UAUAAAUGGAGGAGCCUUCUCGCUGAGGUGCCGCUGGCUCGAAGGCAUGACAGUUUAGUGUGUUUCUUUCCCUGAACGUGCAACCUUUCCCAAGGUCACAACUUGCCAGCAGCUCAGAUCUUUACUCAAGCACCAUCACCACGCUCAUUUGUCACUUAGCAUCCAAUCCAACAUGGCGACCCGAUGGGGGCUCUGUGGUGCGGGGAAGAUCAGCCAUGACUUCAGCGUGGCCAUGAAGACUCUGCCACCUGGAGAUCACCAGGCCAUCUGGUCCCGCUGUUUCCCCGCGCAUGCUGAGGUUCGCAGGAUGCUGGCGGAGGAGGCGGUAGGGGAGGUGAAGCUGGUGAAGGCCUACUUCGGCUCCCCACAGCUCCACAUCCCCCGCUCGGUGGAGAAGGAGCUGGGAGGUGGUGCACUGCUGGACAUUGGAGUGUACUGCCUGCAGUUUGUGCUGAUGGUGUUCAACGGAGAGAGGCCAGAGUCCAUCCAGGCCACAGGGGUGCUGCUUGAUACAGGAGUGGAUGAGUCAGUGGUUGUUGUGAUGAAGUUUUCCAAGAACAGGAUGGCCUUCUGCACAUUUUCAAUUGCGGUUCGGCUUCCGAACGAUGCUGUCAUCGCCGGCACUAAGGGCUCCAUUAAAGUUCUUGGCCCCAUGCACUGCCCUACCACACUCGUAGUGAACGACAAAGAGACGGAGUACCCUCUGCCUGAACCCGGCCUGCCUCUGAAUUUCGACAACAGCACCGGGCUUUGCUUUGAGGCAGAGGAAGUGAGGCAAUGCCUGCUUAAAGGACUUAAGGAGAGCCCACUGAUGCCUCUGGCAGACUCGGUCUUACUGACAGAGAUCAUGGAUGAAAUCAGAAAGCAGGUGGGAGUUGUCUUCAGUCAGGACAGCCAGUAACAUCACUCUGAAGAUGGGAUGUUUCACCUGACCUAAACCAACUCAGACGGAACAAAGGGAGUUGCUCGGGGCGGGCAUUGAAUCUUUGGUAUUAGCAGAUCACUCAUAGAGCCGUGUGACAACUGUGACCUGGAUAACACACUGCAGCCACCGAAUGAAUAUACAAUCAGUAUAUUAUUAGAAUUUAUGUACUGUAAGACUUGGAUGGAUUUAUUAAGUCUGCUUUCAUUCAUUUGCAUCUUAUAGACACAUUAGAGCUCCAAACAUUGUAAUUUCCCCCAAAAAUGAUCAUCUUUGAUACAGUACACGACAAAAUGUGACACUGUCAGUUUAAAAAUGUCCUAAACCAGAUAAAUCUCCAUGUAAACAACCCAUGUCCUGUAAUCAAGUUGUAGAGACUUGCAAAAACAAACCCAUCUGUCAGUGUGGGCUGUGUGAUUGAUGAAUCCAAUAAAGGAAUGAUUGUGAAA